AUGGAGGAGAGGAACCAUAGUUUGGUCACCAGCUUCAUCCUCCUGGAGUUCACCACCGACCCAACGCUGCAGCUUCUCUUGUUCCCAGUGUUCACCUUAAUCUACAUCAUCACACUCGUGGGCAACGUCACCCUCAUUAUGGUGAUAUGCCGCAGCUCACAGCUCCAUACCCCAAUGUACUUCUUCAUUGGGAACUUGUCCUUCCUGGAUCUCUGGUAUUCCUCCAUCUACAUCCCCAAGAUCCUCCUGAACUGCAUCUCCGAGGACAAGAGCAUCUCCUUUGCUGGGUGUGCUGCUCAGUUCUUUGCCUCCGCUGGCUCAGCCGGUAUCGAGUGCUACCUGCUGGCAGCGAUGGCCUAUGACCGGUACGUGGCCAUCUCCAACCCGCUGCUCUACACCGCUGUCAUGUCCAAGAAGCUGUGCAUGGGGCUGGUGGCUGCCUCCUACCUCACUGGCUUUGCCAACUCCAUCCUCAUUACCAGCCGCACAUUCAACCUCAGCUUUUGUGACUCCAAUAUAAUUGAUGACUUCUUCUGCGAUUUGCCCCCCGUGGUGAACCUCUCCUGUGAUGUGACAGACAGCUACCAGCUGCUCCUGUAUUUCAUCCUGACCUACAACAUCAUCAUCCCCUCCGUGCUCAACCUCACGUCCUACGCCUCCAUCCUGGCUACUGUCCUGAAGAUGCGUUCGGCUGUGGGGCAGUGGAAAGCCUUCUCCACCUGUGCCACCCACCUCACCUCUGUCACCAUCUACUACAGCUCCAUCCUCUUCAUUUACGCCCGGCCCAGCUCCAGCUUUGUGGGGAGGAACAAGGUGGUCUCUGUGUUUUACACGGUGGUGAUCCCCAUGCUGAACCCCUUCAUCUACAGCCUGAGGAACCAGGAGGUGAAGGAGGCACUGAAGAGACUGAUGAGGGGACAGACAGCUUCCUAA